AUCCCCAUCUUCUCCAGCCAAUGCCACAAUGAACAAUUGCAUCCACACUUCAGGAAAUAGCACCCUCCUGUCUUCUUCCACCUCCAGCGUUACCGGCAUUGUCUUCCUCCUCUUGGCUGCCACCAUAGGGCUACCCGGAAACCUCUUUGUCAUCUGGAGCAUCCUUUGGAAAAUGAAGCCUACUCAGCGUUCUGUCACCGGUCUGCUGGUCCUUAACCUGGCAGUGGCCGAUAGCGUUGUGCUUCUCCUCACCCCCUUCUUUGUCAUCUUCCUCAUCUUCAAGAAUUGGCUCUUUGGCAUGGCCAUUUGCAAAGGGAUCUACUACUUGUGUUGCAUCAACAUGUUUGCCAGCAUCUUCAUCAUCACCCUCAUGAGCAUAGACCGAUGCCUCGCAGUCAAUCAGCCUUACUUCUCCCAAGCCAUACGUAAGAAGCAAUUAGUGGUCAAGAUCUUGGCGGGAAUUUGGGUGGCGGCCAUCUUUUUAUCCAUCCCAGCCUUCCUUUUCCGUCAAGUGCUGAAGGAGCCCUCACGGGGACACUAUAUCUGUGAGCCCUGUCAUGCCAGGCCAAGCCUGACCAUCUUCCACUUCACCUUGGAAACGGUGGUGGCCUUCGUGAUACCUUUCACCAUCAUUGUGGGGUGUUAUUCCGCCAUUUUGAUACGUCUGAGGGGAGUGAAGAGGAGGCGAGGGGCUCGGACUGAAAAGCUCAUCAUUGCCAUUGUGAUCUGUUUUGCUGUCCUCUGGGUGCCCUACCAUAUUGUCAACAUGAUCCAGGUGGCUUCAAACAUGGCCUCUGGCAGGACAGCAGAACGGCUGGGGCAAGCCUGGAAGAGUGGGCGAGCAGGCGCCACGGCCUUAGCCUUCCUCAGCAGCAGCAUCAACCCUGUGCUUUAUGUCUUUGCUGCCGGGAACCUCAUUAAGACCUCCGGGGCCAACUUCAUCGCCCAGUUCUUUGAGGGGGCAUCAGAAGGACUCGGCCGGAGGAGUCAGUCUCAGAAAAACCUGGCUAAAGAUUUGGUAGUGGUGGCUGGUGCGGCUGUGAAUAUGGACCGACAGUCCCUGGGACACGGUGAUGGGGUUAACAAGGUCACAGAAUGUAAACCAGGUGAGGGAAUGAAUGAGCAACCUUUGUAUCCUGGAUAGAGAGAUAUUCCUGGGUUGAAUCACUGUAGGUUUCAACACAAGACAAUUUCUCAUCUUACAAAGCUGCCUUCUGCUGACUCAAUCUGUCUGGUUCCAUAUUUUUUGGCAACAGUUGGCAGCAAUUCUCCAUGGUGUCAAGCAGAAGAACCUUCUCUUCACUUUGGAGAUACCAAGAACUAAACCCAAGAACGUCUGUACUCAGUCGGAGCAUGCAUUCUGUCACGGAACUGGGGCCCGUCCUCAUCUGUCAUGACCUUCUUGCCUUAUCUGCUCUUCACAUGGAAACGUGGUUUCUUGAAAUUGCACUAAGGACACAAUCCACACUACAAGGCCGCUAAAUUAUUUCCGUGGCUAUUUUUAUCUCCUGGCUGCUUCCCAACCACCCCAUCCGCUCAGUAUGAAGCACAGCGUCCUCUGCUUAACCCCAAAGAACCUGCUGUCAAGGUCAGACUUCAGAUCUUGAAUUUGUAAGAAGAAUGAUACAAAAACAGGUGAUUUGGAGCCUAUACUCAGUAAAAUGUACAGCGUUCCUUCUCUCUGGCUUCAGGAAAAGACGUGUAUCUGGAGGUCACAUGGCCUCAGAUCGCUCACUUUGUAUGUACAGCUUCCCUUCAAGAAGUCCCUGGAAACUAUGGUAUUAAUGCAAGAAAUUGUCCUUUUGAGGGAGGGCGAAUACAUAGGAAAAGAAAAGAAAAGAAAAAAAAAUACUCUGUCAGUUUCCUGAGAGGAAAAUCCUAAAGUUCCUAGAAGCUUAAAGCAAUGUCAUGACAUUUCAAACAAUUACAGUUUGUAAAACGAGGCAAUGAAAAUGGUGAACAAGCAAUUAAUGUAUUUUGGGUUUUUUUUUAAUGUGCAAAGUUGAUUAUGUGACCUGUAUGUACUUUUUUAAAUCUCCAAGGUAACUUAUGAGAUGCUUUACGUCCCUCCUCUUCCCCGUUGUUACUGUACAUUAAAAGGGAUCAUAUUGUCUUAUUUAUAAUAUUGUAUAAACACUCCGGACGUGGUUUCCACACAUUACAUGUGCCAACAAGCCUUGAGCUGAAGAAUGGGAGAGGAAUACUUUGGGUCCCAGAAUGCUGUUCUGUUUUAGAGUGGAUUAAGCAGGUCAUUAUAUACAUUUUCCCUUCAAAGAGCCUUUUCCUGCCUCUGCUUAAGGCGUGCCUCCAUGGAAUGGCCUCUGCAGAUCUCUCAGAACAUUCCUUUAUUAUCGGGUUGAGCAG